GCAGUGCUUGGUCGUGUCUUGUCUCUGCCGAUUUCUGUUUUUCUGUUUUUUUCAAAAACAUAAAUUCCCACCAGUGUUUUACUAGAAAUAAAAAUUCGAAAUUUGUUUUUCCCUUCAUUGUUUUUUCGAGACAAUAGAAAACUAGAAAAAGAAACUCUUUUUGUGUGAUCACUUCCGUUUGUCGAUUUGCAUAAAGAUCACGUGGUGCAAGUGGAGAUUAAGUGCGAAGAAGCUUUUAGCCGAGAAAACGUUUUUUGGAUUCUACUGAUUUCUGCAAGUGGAAGAAGAAACUGUUUCCUUUUCAACAUGGUGUCCUAUCUCACGGUUGUUGCUCUCUCAGUUUUGUUGGCGGCGAUGGUGCUGGGCGCGCCGUCCGAGUCUUUGCUGUCGGACGAUCACGACGACUUUGAGGCGGCCGACGUCGGCGGCGACGACUACGACGAGGAGGAGGAGAUGAACUCGUCGUACAAGAAACCCAAUUUCACGUCGAUGGCCCAGCACUUCCGCGUCCGCAUGGGCGACAACGUCCGGCUGCCGUGCGAAGUCGACGAACUCGGCCCCGGCUACACUCUGCUGUGGAAGCGCGAGGAAGGCGACAUCCUGACGGCCGGCUCGGUUCUCAUCGUCAAGGAUACUCGCAUUUCGCACGAGGGCAAUUCCCUCAUCAUCCGCAACAUCUCGCUCGUCGAUCAGGGAUCCUAUAUCUGUCAGAUUUCCACACAAGAUCAAAGGGAACUCAGACAUGUCAUCGACAUUCUCGUGCCACCUAGUGUGAAACCUGUUCCGUCCACUGGACUCGCCGUCGUCAAAAAAGGAGAGCCGGUGACUUUGUCUUGUGAAGUCGCUGGUAAUCCACUUCCGGUCGUCACCUGGACCCGAGAGGGAGCCAAGAAGUUCCCUGAUGGACAGAAAACCAUGCUGGGCCAUAUGAUUACAUUCGUCAAGACCGACCGACACCAUUCUGGCGUUUACACGUGCACGGCAGAGAAUUCAGAGGGCAGCCCGGCCAAGGGCGUCAUCAAUCUCGAAGUCACCUAUGAGCCGGAAAUCGAAGUGGAGUUGAACCUGGUAACCAUCGCCGAGGGAUACAACACGGAAUUGACGUGCACCGUUCACGGCGAGCCCAAGCCCAACGUCUUCUGGUCCAAAAACGGGGAGCGACUCGACUCGGCCACGGGACCCAACACGCCCCACCAUCGCUACGUCCAGACGUCGACUGGCUCACGCCACGUCCUAUCGAUCGACAACGUCCAGAGUCACGACUUCGCCAAUUACACCUGCCACGGCGAGAACCGAUUCGGCCGCGACCACAAAACCAUCGAAAUGACGGGUGUUGCCAGCACGGCGACGCUCAAGCGCAACAAACCGCUGACCAACGGCGUCGAGCUCGAGUGGGUCACAGUCAGUCACACUCCGUUGAUGGAGUACCGUUUGCGCUACCGACGCCCUUCGGCCUCUCACUGGGAAGAGCUUUUGCUCAAGGCUAACGAGCAGGAUUCUGAGCAAGGAGGCAUGCUCUUCAAUCACGUUCAUCAACUUCACGGGCUGGCGUCUGCGACGGAACACGAAUUGACCAUCGAGUCCAAGAACAAGUUCGGCUGGUCGAGACCACUCCACGUCGAGUUCACCACUUUGCCCGAAGGAGCAAGUGAAUCUUCAGUGACAGAAGCCGCCGUACACGAAGCCGGCCGAGUGACUGGCAGCGCUGCCCAUCAAACAAGCUGGUCUGCUGUUUCUGCCACCAUCGUUCUGACAUUGGCUGCCAUUCUUUGUUAGACAAGAAGACAAAAAACAACCGAGAUAGGCGAAGGGAAAAAGAAUAAAAAGAUAAAUUGCGACCACCCAUGGACGUCAAAAAAGAGCUCUCACCAUUCUUCGUCAGCAAAGUCCGAAAUUGGCCGCCGUUGUUAUUUUGAGAGAAAAUCUACGACUUUUGGUCUUAUAAUAUACAUAGCCUUUUUUUUUUUUUUCUUAUUUUAUUUUCUAUUUCGACGGCACUUUAGCCGACGACUAUAAUACCAUCCGAGCAAGGCACCGUGUAAAGAAAAAUAAACAACAACAAAAACCUUCCCCCCCCCCCCCCAUUUUUUUCUUGUGCGGCUUUUCAGCUGAAAGAUGCAAAUCAAGUGCCGACUAUUUUAUUCCCCCCUUUAAAAUUGUUUUUAGUUUUUGACUUGUAAUGUAAGCUAAUGCUCUGGUAGCCGUUUAUUAUAAAAACAUAACCAUUCAUUUGAGUUUUUUCAUUAUUAUUAUUACAAAAUUACUUCCUCCUUGUAGAUGCUCCUCCCUGCCAUGAGAAUUAUUUGAUGGGAGACGCCACAUAUGUGCCCAAUCUAGAUCACACAUACACACACCUCUCUUUUUACGCUGCUUAGUUUAAAUAUAUUUUUUCUUUUUUUUUUUUAAACAAAUAUAAUACUGUAUUUGACUAUGUGACUUUCACCUAUCGCGAAGCCUUUUCGACGGAGACAAGUUUUUGUUUGUCAUUUUUUUUUCUAUAAAUGUCAAGUGUCUGUGUGUGCUACAAUCUUUUUAUGAUUUUUAAUUUCUUUCUUAAUUUGUCUCGCUUCGAUGGGGAAAAGAUACGACGACGGACCUGUUUCGCAAUUGGGAUGCAAACAAGAAAUGAAAGACAAACGCGUCCACCGUGUUAAUUAUAAUGCAGCGACUUAUAUAUUUCUUUGGUUUAUUUGUUUAAACUAAACUACUUUAUUUUUUUUUCUUUCCUAUCGACUUGCAAGUUUGCUCUAGCCUCGCCCCACUUUCUUCAUUUGGAAGUUUUUUCGUAUAUAUUUUUCCCGAUUGUUUUCCCCCCUACCAUUUUUGAUUCGUCCAUUGAUUUCCUUUUCAUUUGUUUUCUCCUCCUUGGAAUUGAAAGGGGAGAGAAGCUAGUUGUUGAAUUGCAAACAAAAAAAGAAGAAGAAAAAAGUGAAAGAAUGAGAUACAAAAUACAAGAUAUUCGUCGCCACCAACAAAAAAAAAACCUAAAUAAGACACUGUUUGAAUAUAAUGUAAAAUUGAAAGCUUAAAAAAACACUUUUAUGGGUUUGACAUGCAACAUGUUUUGUAGCCCAUGAAAUAUGUAUUUAUUUCUACGUUACUGGAAUUUCUCUCGACAUAUUCAAAUGUCUUGGUGGUUAGUCCCGGCCGGAGAAGAAAGAAAAAAUGGACCAGAUGAUUCUACAAAGACUCCGGUCGAUCAUCCGCUAUCUGAUUGACCAUUCGGCUCUCGUCACUCACAACUUUGUGUUUCUUUUUGAAAUGUGUUAGAAGCCUAUGUGUGUACACAUAAGUUGAACGGUGACGGGAGCAAUUUCCCUUUUUUCUUUGUGCCUAUCUGAUCCAUCAUCAAAGAAGACGAAAGAGAGAGAAGAAGAAGGGGCCGAAAAACGAGUUGAUAUUUGGGUUGUGUGCAGGGCGACAAUCAAGUUUAAAUGCCAUCGGGAUUGGUAGGAAUGUCUUCCGUGCACAUAUCAGGAAUUGGAAUAGGGAAGAUCUAUACAAGGAACGUCUAGGGAGGAUUGGCUUGAGCGAAAAUGGAAUUAUACAAGAGAGCCCAGUCGUACAAGAUUGAUGGGCAACAACAUUCUACCGGUUUUGGUUCAGAUUUUGGCGAAAAGUCAAGAAUGUUGGAUGAUGAACCGGAGCGCGCUCGUUUCGUUCCUUUUUACAUAACCGGCGGCGGCGGCAUUUGUUUAUCCCGUCAACCCCAAAACACAUCGACCCUCUUGAAAAAGACGUGGUCGCAUGCAAAGGCACACACACGGGCCGUGUGUUAGCUCGUCCGGAGCUAACGCAUCAGCGGUGAUGCGACCAACCAGAUGUAUUAUAUAGUGAAAAUUUCAACAUUUUAUAUUAUUAUUAUUUUUUUUUUCCCUUUUUUUUAUUUUUUUACUAACCCAAGUUUCAUUUAGAGACGGGCUUUUAAGAUCGAAAUCAGUUGAAAGUUGAGUUUUUUUCUUGUUGUUUCUUCCCCUUUUUGUUCCAUUACUGGAGCGUGUGCUUCGCCCGUAGGUUUCUCCUGAGAUUGAUCAAUUUAAUUUAAAAGCUUAACAACAAAGAAGCGAAUGGCACAGCUGCUGAUGCGGACCACGACACGCCAACGUAUCGUAAUUUCGUAGUCGUGACACUAAUGAGGAUUCUGGAAACGAAUCUCGUCUAGUGUAGCAGAUAGCGUGAGUUCAUCCAAGUGCUUUGUAAUAGAAGCAGGGUAAUGGACCAAAAGUCUUAGAUGCUCGUAAUUAUAACGUUUGUUAAUGUGAUUAAAAUCGUCAUUUGAAUCAUAACGCCAUCUAUAAGUCGUGGAAUGAAAUUACACACAUGGGAGCGUCCUUUGUCAACAAAAACGAUGAUGUAUUUUUAUUUUAAGUUUAAGAAAAUGUUGAUCAAGAAACGCUAGAGCAAGAAAUGAGGGGAUUUACCAUUUGCGAGUACACUCGAAACUAUCUGAUUUUAUGAUCAAGCCAUAAAAAAGGGGUAGGAUAAAAUAGCAUCUUAUUUGCAUACCUUUAACGGCUUUUUUAUUCCAC